UCUCUUCUCUUCUUCCUCAAUCGAAGCGAGUGCAAAAGAUAAAACAAAAGUCGCCGAGAGCACAAACACUAAUGGCUUCUCUCUCUAUGGCUUCCGUUAACGUUAGCUUCUCUCAUCCUCUACGCUCUUCGUCUCCAAAAGUUUCACUUCGCAGUUCCGUUCAAUUCGCGACGAGUCUUUCUUCAAGUCACUCCAUUUCUGGGCUUCGCGCUGUUUUGCCUCAGAAGAUUUCAAUUGUUGCUUCUCCCAAUUCCCAAAAGCUUCAGACUUUUACAGUUUUCGCUCAUAAGGGAUACAAACUGAAGACCCACAAGGCCUCAGCGAAGCGAUUCAGGGUGACGGGUAAGGGGAAGAUUGUGAGGAGGAGAUCCGGAAAGCAGCAUUUGUUAGCUAAGAAGAACAACAAGAGGAAAUUGCGUCUAUCGAAAAUGACCGAAGUGAACCGGAGCGACUACGACAACGUGAUCGGAGCUCUCCCCUACUUGAAAGUCAACCGAAAGGCUACUUAAGCAGAGCCGGAUAGAUCCUUUUCUUACCUGCAUUUCUCAUUUUGUAAUCUAAGUUGUGGUAAUAUCCAUCCUUUUGUAUUGUGAUAUAAUUUGGUCAAUGAGUUGAUUUUGUUUCGUA